GGCGAUUACCCUCUAGUUAUCGAUUAAAAUUGAUUAACGAGAUCGACAAACGGUACGAGAAAAUGAUAAAGGGUAGUAGUGUUGCGUUAGUUUAUCCCGUUGGCACUUGGCAGACGGUCUUUCUAACCGUAAUAGGUUUGGCAGAUGGCGUUGGUACCGCAUUGUCGGCGAUUCUCGCGCGGGCGGCAACUAAGAACGAUCGAAAGACUCGGAGGGCAGUCUGUCCCGAGACUUCCGAGCCAUUUACGAUCUCGUUGGAUCGUCGACGCGACGUCGAUGAUCAACGCCGAAACGAUCCGACGUGAAUUUUAAGAAUCGUUUCGCAUCGACGUAUGAACGCGAAAAGAAAAGAAAAGAAAAGAAAAGAAAAGAAAAGGAGAGAGAACGUAUCAUCGAACGUAGUUACGUUAGAACGGAGCGUGAGAAGCUCGCGAUGCGGCUCCGUGUCACUACCGUGAUUCGCGUAAUUUCGUUUAGUUUGUUGUAUUGGCUCGGACCUACGGGAACCGAAGUAGACGCAUCGUCGAACGGAGAUUCCUUUUGCCAAGCAUUCGCGGCUAUCGUUCUGGAACCAAGUAAAACUAGCAGAUUUAAGAAUGGAAGUUUGAUGUACGAGGAGCUGGUAUACCCCGUCGGAUCUUAUCGAGAGGUCGGGAACGAGACUUACGGAUGUCCGUGUAAUUUACGCACAUGCCUGAAAAAGUGUUGUCGACGCAACGAGAUGUUAGGAGUCGGUGAUCGACCGAAUUGCACGCGACUACCGAACGAACAGCUCGGCCGCGAUCUCGUCCUCGAACGAUCCCAACUCGCCCCCGAGAUCGAACGAGUCUACGUUAUCGACAACUACACGGGCUGUCCCGGGAAUCUCUCGAGGUAUAUGCUCGAGCCGGAAAAGUUUGAGGAGGACAAGUUUGUAGUCGAGCGAAACGGGUCGCUUCAAACUUCGUCGAUGAUGUUUCCGACGGGGAGCUACUGUCUCGACUGGAAAGAGUCCGUCGACAAGAUCGCCGCCCUCGUUUGCUUGUCGACCGAGGUUUUACCCAAUUCCGUUCCUCCGAACGAGAAAACCUAUUACAAAUUCGGCCUUAUAGUGUCCAUUCCAUUUUUGCUCGCUACAUUUUUGGUGUACGCGAUUAUUCCGGAGCUCAGGAAUCUCUACGGAAAGACUCUGAUGUGUUACGUUGCUUCUCUUCUCGUCGCGUACACUUUCCUCGAAUUGGCCUCCUUGUUUUACAUCGCGUACGGACUCUGCUCCGCGAUAGCCUUGGUCAUCCACUUCUCGUUCCUGGCGAGCUUUUUCUGGCUGAACGUUAUGUGCUUCGAUAUUUGGUGGACGUUUAGAGGUUUCCGAUCGCUUCAAGGCAGCGCAAAGCAAAGGGAACGGAAAAAGUUUAUGAUAUAUUCGAUCUACGCUUGGGGUUGCGCAUCCAUUCUUACAGGAAUCAGCAUACUCAUGCAUUUUCUUCCCGAUAUCCCAAAGCAUUUCGUUCGACCGGAAUUCGGCGAAGAGAGUUGCUGGUUUGCGAAGGAAACGGCAAAAGCGAUAUACUUUUACGGACCUAUGGGCGUUACAAUCCUCUGCAACAUAUGUCUUUUCGUCUCGACGGCAUUGAAGAUUGUGCGACACAAAAAAGACACGGCGCGACAUUUCAAAGACGCGGACAGCAAGCGCCACGACGACCACAAACAAUGGUUCAAUUUGUACUUGAAGCUGUUCAUCGUAAUGGGCAUCAAUUGGUCAAUGGAAAUAAUAUCUUGGCUGUGCAACAAUUCACCGGAAUACAUUUGGUAUCUUACCGAUAUAACGAAUACCUUGCAAGGUGUAAUCAUCUUCUUCAUCUUCGUUUGGAAGGAUAAAGUGAAGCAGCAUCUUCUGAAAAGACUCUGCUGCAGGGACGACAAUAUACUUUCCAGAAACUCGACUCGAAGCGCGUAUCAUAGUUCGACUACUCGUUCGACCUACCCUUUUUCGAGCGAGUCUGCGCGAACCGUUAAAUGAACGUUCACGGUAACACCACGGUUUGUCCACUCGCAAUCGGCACAAGUAUCUAGUCGUCGAGAAUGGCUAUCGUUGGAGUGUUUCGAGUCGCGAGUAUUCUUUUAUUUCAAUUCUAAGGAAAAGCUUGGGCUAAAGUUUGCGUUAUACGUUCUCAAAUGACCUGUGACCGCGCCACUUGGAGUAACGCGAUGUUAAUUAGCCGUGAAGCUCCUAUAAUUCUACUCUUCUUCUUCUUCUUCUUCUUCUUCUUCGUGUUUAUAACGUAAUAUAGAAAAUUUGAAUCGAUGCACCAAAAAGUUUACCAAACUUGUUUAUUGUACGCCAAGGAAAUAACAAAUGUAUGUUGCGUAAUGUAUUUUACGAGAUUAAAUGUGUGAAAAUUUGUACAUUUUCUUAAUGUGUACACGCGUAUGUGUAUAAAUUAUGUAUUUUUUAUUCUAAAUUGAUAUUAAAGUAUAGUACAAAUUUGAA